UCCAACUUACACGAUUCUUCCGGAGGCACAGAAUCAAUCGCCGCGGCGAAGCAGCAAAAGAGCACCCAUAAAGAGACCAAUACAGCCCUGGCGGGGAAACGCUCUUUUGUAGUUUGCACAACUCAUUCUCCUACGACUUCACCCUGAUGGCACCCAAACCAGAAUCGUAUAUCUAUAACCUUGGUUCCUUCAAGCGCAAGGUUAGCACUGCAAGCCCAGCGGCCCAGGUGUGGUUUGAUCGGGGGCUGAUAUGGAGCUAUGGAUUCCACCAUGAAGAGGCAGAUCGGUGUUUCCAAUACGCCUUAGAGGAGGAUCCUAAUUUCGCAAUGGCCUACUGGGGCCGCGCCUUCGCACUAGGACCAAACUACAACAAACCCUGGGAACUCUUCGACCCGGAAGAAUUAAAGUCUAGCAUCGAGCAGAUCAAUAUUGCGAAUGCAAAGGCGAAGGAAAAUGCAGACGACGCGACCGAUGUGGAACAGGCUCUCAUAGAUGCAAUCCAAUCUCGGGUGCCGAAGAGCUUGGACGACAAACAUUUCCGCGCUUGUAACGAGGCUUAUGCUGAAGCUAUGGCUUCCGUAUACAACGCAUUCCAUGAUGACCUCGACGUCGCUACGCUCUACGCAGAUGCUCUCAUGAACCUUUCUGCCUGGGACCUCUGGGAUCUCAAAACGGGAGAGCCUAGACCUGGAGCACGCACCUUGGAGGCAAAGGCAAUCCUCGAAAAGGCAUUAAGCCAGGAGGGCGUGAACGAGCACCCUGGUGUCUUGCACAUGUUCAUUCAUCUGAUGGAGAUGUCAAAAACUCCGGAGGCUGCCUUGGUCGCUGCAGACCACCUGCGCAACCUCUGUCCAGAAGCUGGCCACCUGGUCCAUAUGGGAAGCCACAUAGACAUUCAAAUAGGGGACUACCGACGUGCCGUCGCCUCGAAUGCGGAGGCGUGUAUCGCCGACGAGAAAUUCUUCUCCGAACAAGGCGGUGACGACUUCUACACGAUCUACCGAUUGCAUGAUUAUCAUUUCCUUGCAUACGCGGCCAUGUUUGCAGGGCAAUACCAUGUUGCAAUCGAUGCGGUUGCACGGUUAGAGCUUUCGCUAACCCCCGAACUUGUGGCCAAGCUUGCGGACUGGGUUGAGGCCUUUACCAGCAUUCGCGUGGAAGUGCUGGUGCGCUUCGGUCGGUGGGACGAUCUUAUUGCCCUCCAGGUUCCGCGAAAGGAAGAUCAAACGUUGUAUGCGGUACUCACCGCGAUGAUCCACUACGGCAGGGGCGUCGCAUUUGCUGCCACAGGCGACGUUGGAAAGGCCUCCGAGGAGCGUGAGUUGCUUUAUGCAGCGGUGGAUAGGAUCCCUCAGUCACGGAUAUCUGUGACGCCCGUCAACAAGAGCCAUACGGUGAUGCAAGUUGCGAAAGCGAUGCUUGACGGUGAACUUGAGUAUCGCAAAGGUAAUUACGAUGUCGCGUUCAAGCAUCUGGAGGAGGCAGUCGAGCUCGAAGAUGGCCUCAACUACGCCGAGCCAUGGCCAUGGAUGAUGCCUUCUCGACAUGCAUACGCUGCUCUCCUCCUGGAGCAGGGUCGCGUUCAGGAGGCGGCUAUAGCCUACGCAGCAGAUCUGGGACUAGACGAUAACAUUAUCAGGGCUCGACAGCAUCCGAACAAUGUCUGGGCGCUGCAGGGGUAUUUUGAGUGUUUGGGCAAGCUGGGAAGGACUGAGGAAGCGAAGAUCAUCGGCCAGCAAUUGCAGAUUGCGCAAGCGGUUGCGGAUGUUGAUGUACAAUCCAGUUGUUACUGUCGGACCUCCUGCUGCGGGACCUGACAGGUCGGUGACAGGUUGGUCUAUGCACCGGGGAUGAUCACAACCAUGCUGUUGGGUAUCUAGAUCAAACUUGACCAUAGCAAAAGCCCUG